AAACUAGAAAUAUAAGGUUAAUUAUAUAUAUGUUCGGUUAUCUUCGGAUAUCCAUUCGGGUUCGGAUAUUAUCCAUUCGGGUUCGGAUAUCCAAUCUCUCCUAAUUCAAUACAUGUUCGGGUAUUUUGCUACUUUGUUUCGGAUUUCAAUUCGGAUUUUUUGGAUCGGGUUCGGGUGCCACUUCGGAUAUCCGGUAAAGUGCCCACCCCUAGAUUUGUAAGGUACUUGACUUGAGACUCUGUGCUUUGUACUUAAGUUUUGAUUUUUUCCUACGAUCUUUAAAUAUUGGUAUGAGCUUCCAAGCUUUCGAAUUACGUAAAAUAUGGAGCCACUAAUUUUAGUGUGGAUAUCUCGACCACUAAAUUUAAUUCUCGAUUAUCUCGACCACUAAAUUUAAUUCUCCAUAUCUCGGCCGUUAAAUAUAUUUUUAAUAUCUCGACCACUACUUUCAUAUGCCAUUUUAAUCUGGAAAAUGAAGAAAAUGAGUGGACUAGUAUUCGAUAACUCAAACUCGUUAAUAUGCAAGGUAGUGGUUUGGAGACGUAGUGUUUUCUACUUAAGCAUGUGUUGCAGUAACCAAAAGUUAAAAAAAAAAAAGCUGUGGAGGGAGGUGAAGCCUGGGUGACUAGUGAAGCUAUGUCGAUUGUUGUGGAUGUCAGUAGAGUAUCAGAUGUGGUAGCUCAAGAUGCAAAUCUGAAUGACAGGUCUAGUACGAGCACUGAAGAUGAAAAUAUCUAUGAUAAAUUGAAGAAGACGGCUCAAGAAGGGGACAUAAUAAGACUUUAUGAGUUGAUAGCAGAAGAUCCAAACAUCCUAUGUCACUUUGAUAAAGUGCCGUUUUGUGAAACGCCACUACACAUUGCAUCUGAAAAAGGGCACACUCAUUUUGCCAUGGAGCUAAUGAUCCUUAAGCCGUCGCUUGCUUCCAAGUUAAAUGUAUCAGGUUUCAGCCCUAUGCAUUUAGCCCUACAAAACAACCACAGCCGAAUGGUGAGAGGGCUUGUGUCAAUCGACAACAGCUUAGUUAGCAUCAAGGGAAGAGGAGGGAUAACUCCUUUGCAUCAUGUGGCUCGGACAGGUGAUGCAGAACUUUUAAGUGAGCUCUUGUUCACUUGUCCUUCUUCCAUAGAAGAUUUAACAAUUAAAUGUGAGACAGCUGUGCACAUUGCUGUGAAAAACCAACAGAUGAUGGCUUUUAAGGUUCUAUUGGGAUGGGUGAAGAGAGUUAACAAAGAGGAAAUUUUGGACUGGAAAGAUGAAGAUGGUAACACAGUCUUCCAUAUUGCUGCAUCGAUAAAUCAGACUGAGGUAAUGAAAUUGUUGCGAAGAAUCGUGAAAGUAAAAGCCAAGAACUUGGAUGGCAAAACUGCGAUGGACAUACUUCAAACUCACCAAUCUCCUUGUUUCCCAGAAGCAAGAAAACUUUUCUACAGUAUUAAAGAAAGACUACUUUGUCGAUCCACUACAACUCUUGCAGGAUACUUAAGCAAAAAUCUAUCGUUUAUUGAGAAACGGAACAAUCUCUUGGGGUUGAGCAACUUGAGUUUAACUAGAGAGAGGUCUGUACACUCUAGCGAUCACAGGGAUGCAAUACUUGUGGUGGCUAUACUGAUAGUAACAGCAACAUACCAGGCUGGUCUCAGCCCUCCAGGCGGAUUUCGGCAGGAUAAUAGCGAUCAUCACUUGCCUGGGGAGAUGAUUAUGGAUUGGAGAAAUGCCUUAUUUUUUAUGGUUCUAAAUGGGUUUGCCUUCAUAUUAUCUCUAUAUGUGAUCAUAGUUCUCAUAGUUGGACUCCCACUGUGGAAGUUAAUUUAUGGUUCAGUGGCGGGUAUAAGCAUCGCUAUGUUAGCAUCAUACGCCACUAUAUUCCCCAGAUCAGAAGACAUAUCAGUGACCUUGUUCACCUUGGCAUUACCAUUGAUGAUAGGAAUCAUGCUUUUUGCUACUUUCAUGGCAUUCAUUGUAGAUAAACGCCGGCGGAACAGAGUAGAUUUCCAGGCGAGCUGCUUUAGCAUAUCUGAUUCAGCUGAUCCUGGAUAUCUUUUACUAUUUAGUGGGAUCUGUGUAACUGCUGUCUUGCUUGUGCUUUAUCUAUUUAGGUAAUGCAUUUAUUUUAUUUUAUACUAGGGUAAACCAAUCCUACCGAAAUAAAUAAAUUAAUAAUAUUUUAUAUUUUUAUUUAAGUUUUACUAAAAAUACUAGUAAGGAUCAUAUUUUUUUACAACAAUUUUGCCUAUGUAUUUUAAAAUUCAUUUUACAAAUUAUAAACUUGUCUAGUUAUAAUAAAAUUUUAAAAAUAUAAUUGUUUAAUUUCUCUCAAUGUUUAUUUUAGCUUAACUAUACAAAUAAGAGACAUAGCUUUAUUAAAUUACAAAAAUUAUGAAACAUUAGAUAUUUUAAAAUUUAUGUUUAUUAUUAAAUUUUUUACUAUAUAUUAUUUUAAAUCACUAUUGCUUUGAUUUCUCUUAUUAUGUUUAUCAACUUUUACGUUUAAAUGUUUUUGAUGUUAUGAUAUUCAACCUUAAUUUUGUUACAUUUAACUAAUUUUCAUAAUAUAAUGUUAAAAUUUAAUGGAAUAUUUUUAUUUUGGCAGUGUGGAUAGUUUGAUAUGUUUAUUGUAUUUAUAUGAUCUAGUUUGUUCGUACAAAGGAUUUAUAUGAGGCUUUGAAUGGUGACCAAUGAACGAAAGGGAACGCUGAAUUCCUUAUCAUUCCCAAAAAAAAUCACCAUUCACAAGGAAUAGUUUUUUCCUUCUUAUUCCUUUUCAUUCCUUUUUUUGUAAAGAAAUAUAGAACAAAAGCAUUCCUUGUUAAAUUUGAUAAGGAACAAGCAUUCAUUUUUAUUCCUGUAAUUUUAUUCCUAUACGUUCAUUUCCUAUUCGUUCCUCGUUUUCCCGAAAAGGUCACCAGUCGGAGCCUCAGUGAUUCAUACAAAAUUGUGUGUUUUAGAAGAUAAAGUCAAAAACUUUAACAAUGUAUCUAAUGGAUAUCUGGACAACAUAACCAAUAACCGGUUUCAGUAAUGCGUAGAACUCAUUAAAUAGCCGUGAUAUCAUCUUCAAUAACCAUCUAGAGUAAUUAAAUAUUAGGUUGUUUAUGUGGUUGUUUAUAGCUUCUAGCUAACAAAGCAUAUAAUAAAUGUAGCAUUGUUGUGAAACAAGAGAAUAUAAUCUGUAUGUUUCUAUCUUAUUCAUAAACAUAAGGAGUCAUUUAUAUAUAGGGAAUUACACCGUCAUAGAAUAAUGGAAAGACUAGAGAAAGUAAAUACAAAUAUGGAAAGAGUACAAAUCAUAAACUAAUAAGAAAAAGGGAAACAAGGGUUUCCAGCCGCCGGCUCUCUCUCUCUAGCAUUGGGCCGGUUAUGGACCGGGCCGGUUAUGGACAUCCACAAUAUGAUUUAUAACAAGCAUCUAUUAUUUUAAUUAAGAAAAGGUGAUCACAUUUUCAAGAGAAAACAAAGGAUAAAAAACAAGCCCUAUAUCUAUUUAGGUGAAAUCUUAUAUAUAGCACCAAUCUACACUAUUAAAGCAGAAUCCCUACUAGAAUCCUGCCCUUGAUUUUUUAAGUUAUUUACAAAGGAAUGCCACUCCUAUAUUUAUGGUUAAAAACAUUAAUUAUUAUCUAAAAAACAAUUAAACAAAUGUAUUGCCUGAUUUGAAAUCUUAAACCAAGCAUGUUUACAUAUACACAUUCAAAUUAUAUUUGGUUUAAGUUCAGACAGGGUUGAUAUAUUUUAUACUUUUCUGUUUUAUAACUUAAGGUUCUCAUACUGAAAUUAGCUUUAUUCAUAUAACAUGUGCAACACAUAAUGCCAAAAUAUAAUGUCCAUCGCUAUUAUAUCAUCAGACAUUGUAUAUUCUUUUAAAAACAUAAUGUCACCAUCACUAUAAUUUUUUUAAAUAAACCGGAUCAUUUAUGUGUAACAAUAUACAAUGUGCGGUAUUGCUUUGAUAUAUAUAUGUAAAAUGGAAUAGUAAAACCCUAAGCCCUAAGUUAGACAACCCUACACUGUAACAUGACGUGUAAUAUGAAUAAGCUAUUUUAGUUAUAAGCAUCCCAACUAAAUCGUAAAAUAUGUAAGCAUUUUCUCAUUUUCAUUAUUAUUUAUGAUUUUUAGCAUCAAUUUAGGAAAGAUACGAGCCGAUUGUGUGAAGAUAUUCUUAGGAAUAAUUUGAAAAGCAUGAUUUUGUGCUUCGAAGAUUUACCAUAUAUGGAAAUAUAUAACUUCCAUAAUUCAAAGCAUAUAUUACUAGGAAUAUCUUGUGGAACAUUAUACAUCAUUAAAGCCACCAUUUUUUAAAAUUAAAGUUUGAAAAUAUUAGGAUUCACAAAAUAUAUAAAAUUUCGUUUAUUCUGGUAAAAUAUUACUUACUAAUAUCUUUUGCAUUUCUAAGAUCAUCAAAUACACUAUUUUGAAUGAUAUUGGAUCCACAAAAUAUAUUAACUUUCCAUAUUUCUACACGAAUAUUCCUACUCAUAUUGUGUACCCAACUUUAUUUCCUAGCCUACACUAUUAGUAUAAAGUUUUUAGUUGACAAUGCUAACUGAUUUGAAAAAUAAAAGUAAAAAUUUAUAACGCAAAAUAAAAAUCAACAAUUUAUGGAUAUAUUCAAAAUAAUCCUAUACCAUAAACAUUUAUGAUUUUAAAUAUUUAUUUAAAAUGUCAGAAUAACUUUGUGAUUUUGUACAAGGUGGGUUGAACAAACAUAUUAAUAUAUUUAAAUAAAUUUUGAUCAAAUUUUAAAUGAUUAAUAAUAUGGAUUAUAUUAUUGCAUAUUAAAUUAA